UCUCAAGAUAUCACUGUGGGAAACAUUGGUUGACCUGACAGAAUGUUCUCAAGCCUGUUAGUUACAGUCUUCUUGGCCAGCUGCUUGGCAAUGCCCAUCAAAGACCCGUACUCGUAUUCCUCUGCGGUGGGUCAGGGAGGUGGCACCCCAUUUGCUUCCUCCGGUGAGGGACGCAUCACAGCGGUCAGAGUGUGGGAGAACAACAACGCCUACAUCAACGGGUUCCAGCUGAGAUACAGCAACAUCUGGUCUCCUGUAUUCGGUCGCGAAGUGGGUACAAAGCAGGAGAUGGAGCUUUUUAAGGAUGAGGCCAUCGUCGAGGUGUCUGGGAAGUACAACCCAGGAGACUACAUCUACACCUUGGUGUUCACAACCAACAUGGGGCGCACUCUGGCGGCCGGCCAGCCUAACCAAGUCUCCUUCAACUUCUACCCAGCCAACAUGGGCAAUGAGCUGAGGAUGCUCAGCGGUCCUAACGGUGCCGGGAUCACUUCCAUCGGAGCCCACUGGGGAUUGGUGUACAUGGAAGAGGCUGGAAACAGUACCUCCUCUUAAU